AGAUACAGUUCUGUUUUACAUUUAUUCUCUUUUCUCUGUGUUGUUUUCUGUACUGAUAACUAACCAGUUGAGUCGUAUUUCACAUUUUUGUUUCAUAUGGUAUAAUGCUUGAAACUCCUCUACUUUCCCUCUUUCUAUAGGAAAGAUAUGACCAGCAUUUGUGAUGGCUGGCAUGAAUGAGAGACAGAAGAUCGGAGUGAUGUACCCACUUGAGGUUGAGCGUCUUCCAUUCUUUUAUAGCAGUAUCAAGAAUAGGCUGGAGGCUGAAGAAUACCUCCGUCAGAAUUGCCGAGGUCAUGGAACAUUCCUGAUCCGUCCAAAUUCAAGUAAUGAUCCUCACUUUGUGAGCGUUUCAAUAAGCAUUGGUCCUCAAGAAGUGUGUCAUGCGAAAGUUUGGAUUGAGUCCAUAAAUGAUCAGUUCAAGUACUACAUAAAUGAUAAGCUACUCUUUGCAACCUUUGAUGAGUUGCUACGUUUCUACAAGGAUCACCAUAUUCACUGCAAGCAGAACAUACAGAAUGUUAAGUUGCUUCACCCGUUGCUGCUCCAGAGACAGGGAUACACUGUGGGCCAGCCUACAACUUCGCAUACCCGUAACCGCACAAAGUCUGAACCUGUUGUUUCAGCAGUCCCCCCUCUGCCAGAGAGACCACCAGCACCACCGUCAGGCAGGCAAGGAUCUUCAUCUGCGAGACAUGGUCAGGAACUGGUCACUGGAAGUAGACCAGUCCAUCUAGGCGGUGGUGCUCUGCCGAAGCAUGGUGUCAUGACCCAUCGACAGUCUGAGAGUAACUUUUUCCAAGACAGGCCUGACCCCUCCGAAGUAAGGAGGCAGGCAAACAAGGGCAGGUCUCAGUCCUUUGACAUUCCUUGUACUAGCUCUGGUCUGCUGCCAGGAGAUGAUCCUACUUACUGGAAGUACAAGCCUCCCCUACCUUUGCCUCUGCCGGAGUUGGAUAAAGAGGAUGUGUACUAUACACAAAUCUACAAUAAAGAUUUUUUUGAAGAUUUCUACCAGCAUCUGAAGGAGACUGAUGUGUGCGAGUGUGGCCUGAAUCAGGUGGAUUCAAGACUUCCUAUGGACUGGACUGUUCAUCGCAGUAACGACAGGAGUACCUAUCAGCGCAUCUUUUUUCAGAAAGAUUCGCUUACCACCUGGGAAAUGCCAGAUGAGAUUGUACCUUUGAUGAGUGACCGUGAGCGUCGGUUCAUCUUGUUCUUGUGCAGGGAAGGGAAUAGCCCCGUGCCGAAAUGCCUCAAGAAAUAUUUACGCCUCAUGGGAGCUCUGGAUUCAAAUUUUACGGAUGCAGUUGCCCAUUUAUCGUCCAGUGGAGGUUCCCAGGGGGGCACCCCUACAUCGAGAUUCUCAGGCUGUUCCUCCUCCUCUUCUUCAUCCUCUGGCUCGGGACAACAGAUACUGAAACAGGGCACCCUCAGCAACUUUCAGCAACCAUCCAACAGCUCCAUGAGGGGCCCAGGUUUGUGGGCACAGGAUUUCCAUCAGGCUACACCAGAUGGGACUGUGUCCAGUGAGGUGGAAUAUGAAAGGCCGAGUUCGCUGUUUCUACUGUCCUCAGAGUCAGCAGAAGGAAGGCAGGCUAUGGUUGUGACUGUGGCUAGAGGGGCGACCGGUGGAUACCCGCCACAGGUUGUGAGUCCAGGUCUCGCCCAGUCUACUCCUGUAGUCUCCUCUCAGAAUAUUGCUGCUCAGGGGCAGCAACAACAGCAACUACAACAGCAACAGCCACAUCAGCAGCAGUCGCAGUUUUACGAUACCAGUGACGGAGGCCAGUCUGUAAAGUACAUGAAAGUGAAUACUCUUCAAGGUCGUCCCGUGAACAUGUCUGAGGAGUCGUGGACUCCAUCAGCUGAUGGGACUGGCUCCCAGCGCUAGCCUUAGCCAUGUGGGUUUCAUCAGGUUCUCUCUUGUCAAGUUCUCCUAGUUAGAGGUGCUUCUUUCUUUCCUAUCAAAUGUCUAUCUACCCCUCUUAUAGCUCCUAAUGCUUUUCUUUGUACACUAGUCUCUAGUGCCACCUCUAAUCUCAAGCAUCAUAUGACCUAUUUGUGUUGCAAGUGCUGUAAAAUUCUUACUAGACGUAAAACAGAGGUUCAAUGUCCUGGUCAGUCCAGCAACCUGCCGAGACACUUCUAAGAUGGUCAGUUGUGAUGAUUUCUGAGGUUAAGACAAAGAGGGUGGACGCUGUAUAGUGAUAAUGUUUUUGGAAUGGCUUUUAUUUAUUUUAUUUACCUUUACAGCCAGGCCUGACAGGUUUUGUUUUCAUACUUGUUGACAUUGUUGAAGGUAUUUGAAUGUUUUUGCUUUUCCACAGCUCUUUAAAGGACGUAAAGAAUAACAAAUAUGUUUCUGAGAGCUGCGGGGUUUUUGACAUUGUACAAUUUGUCCCAGUAAAAUGGCUGCGCUGUUUCGAAAGGUUACAUUUACAAUAAGAAAAUAUAGAUAUAAUAUUUUUAUCAAAAUGUAUGCAAUAAUUUUGACACUUUAUUUUUGUAUAUAUAUAUUUUUGCCCUUUUACUGUUUUCCGUUGUAGAAAGCAUUUUUCUUUGUCUUUCAAGUAUUGUUAGAAAGGUUGGUCUGAAACAAAAACCCUCUUUUAAUUUUUUUUAUUCAUCGUAUCCCUGCCAGAGUUCAGGGGGUAACUGGUCAUCAUGUAACAAUGCAGUUGAUUUUUACCCAAAUGGCAGUUUUAUCCACAUACAACCUUGAAUCAUUCUUUACCUGACAGACAGCGAUGUGCUAUUUUCCAGGGUACCGCUACUCUUAAUAUUUACACUGACCAGAGUAGCUUCAGUUUUGAGUUGGAAUUAAUUUGGAAUUUUCCUCAAAUGUGGCCUGAAGGGCCUAUUAUUUAUGAUGAUAGAACCGCCAAGGGAUUUUUAAUAUGGGAAACUUUCACAUGAGACAACUGAACAUUUUUCUUCCUUUUCCUAAAA